UUUUUUUUUUGUUUUUUGUUAUAGAUGAUAGACCCGAUAGAGACAAUAGAAACAAAUGAAAAUACUUCACUUACAACAGUUGAACAACUUCGAUUAAAAUUGGAAGCUCUAGGAUUAGAAACAAAGGGUCACAAACCUGAACUGAAGAAACGGUUAAGAAAAGCUUUGAAAAAGAUUGACAAUAAGGAAAAGAACGAACAGUCUCAAACAAAAAGGAUAGAUCUAAAGAAACAGCCAUGCGAUUAUUAUCUCUUUUUCGACGUGGAAGCAACGUGUGAAGCCGAUGGAGGGUUUGAUUAUCCCAAUGAAAUUAUCGAAUUCCCUGUGGUAUUAGUGGAUGGUCAAUCUUUUGAAAUUGUGGAUGAGUUCCGUUCAUAUGUCAAACCCAGUGUUAACCCAACGCUAUCCAAGUUUUGUAUUAAUUUGACAGGAAUUACUCAAGAAACAAUUGAUAGUAGUCCUGAUUUUAUACAAGUAUUGGAUGAUUUUCAACAAUUCAUGGCGAAAUAUUCUUUAUUCCAAGAUAAAUCAGCUUCUUUUGUCACAGAUGGUCCGUUUGAUAUUCGUGAUUUUAUCACUAAGCAAUGUCAUCAUAGUCAAUUGAAAAAACGACCUGAAUAUUUUUGUCAACCUUGGAUUAACAUAAGAAAACUUUAUCAAGACUUUUACAAACAAAAGAAAGCAAAAAAUAUUCCUCGUAUGCUAGCUGAUUUGAAUAUGGAUUUCGAAGGACAUCAACACUCUGGAUUGGACGAUGCAAGAAACUUGGUUUAUAUUGCAAGAAAAAUGAAAUUGGAUGGUUGUCUCUUUAAACCAAAUAUUAGAUGGCAUCCUGGCAAGCGAAAUAGAAGAUGAAGAUGGCAUAUAUUAGAUUUAGAAACUACUUUUGAUACAUAGUGUACAUUAUAAUAUAUUUUGUAAAUAAAAAUGAUAGAUUAUAUGACGAUCUAUUAUGUAUGAUGG